AUGCGCGGGAAUAACUCAUCGAAGCUCACCUUAAGCCUCGCUACGAGUGAUCCUAGCGGAAAAGCUUUAUCCAAUUUGGACCAACUUGGAUGCCCAGGAUUUCCUGUGAAUCAAUGUAAAAUCACGGAAGAGAAAAACCGGACUAAUCUGAGAUUAAAUAUAAAGCUCAAAAAAGUGUCGCUACGUGUCGUGGGCGAUGUUGAGCUACUAAUUUUAGACAAGUUUAAAGAAACAUUGGAGAUCGUGUGGCUCAUCGCGUACGGUCCAGAUUUUAAACUCCCACCACUUCCGAGACUGAAGAUGCUUUCGGUUCGAGACCAAGUGACAACCCAUGAAGAAAAGGAGUACCGUAGAAAGGAAUUUGAGCAUCUGGGAAAAUUUAAGAUAACAAUCAACUUAUUCGAAAUUGGAGACUUGUUUAAGGCACCCAAAAAUUUGCACGUCUACCUCCCUCAGCUUCGCCACUUCGAAUACAGCAUGUUCUCGAGGUUAUACGCAGAACCGUAUGAGAAUGCCUACGGCGUUGAAUUAUACAAUAUAAUAUUUCCGAAUUGUGACACGCCAAUUUCAAAAAUUGUCAAAUUGGAUAUUACCUAUCCAUCCAAUCCAAUUGACUAUCAAGUUAGCCAAACUUUUUCCUAACGUUCAUAAUCCUCACUUAAAU